CUAAUAUCACUCAUCUUAUCAGCCCGUGAUAUCCCGACCACCCAUCACAGCAACUGACGAGUGCCGCAAAUCUCGCUGCCACAAGGUUUUCCCCCUAUCUUAUACUAAGCAAUCUGUUCGGCUCAAGAACACAUAUCAACAUCAUGCCGUCUACUAUAGCAAGAAUUCGAAUCCGUUGCGACGAGGCCACCAUCACGACUAAUCCCCAAGCUAUUACAUCACCUCGAGCCCCGUCCAAUUGUCCUUACCUGCAAAAAAGAUAUCGCCGGAAAGUCCAGCGGCGUUCCGUGUACGGCUACUACGUAACGUCCCAUCGGAUAUACAAAUUAACACAUGGAGAUGAAAAACCUGGCGAAGGCGCUCUCACUGAGCCGUUUCGAGAAUUUUGCAGGACGCUCUGCGAAGAGACUGGUCUUCCGAAUGAUUCUAGUACUUUUUGCCAGGUCGGUGGAUGUGGCUAUUGCAUCGCACUCACCCGAAAUCUUCGCAAGGCGCCGGAGUUCUCGAACCUUGAGACACUGGUGCAGAAAGUGAAGAUGUUGCUGAAUACAGACGAGGAGCCGGAUUGGUAUUAUGAGGAGCUAGGCUAUUGAGAUCGCUAUGAUUCCAGCUUCUCCUUGUUAGUAGUGAUUAUUUUACGC